AUGAAGGUCACAACUACUGAAGCAGCUACAGCUACUGCAGAAGACAAAACUACUGAAGCAGCAACAACUACUGCAGCAGCCACAACUACUGUUCCAGAUACUACUUCUGAAGCAACCACAACUACUGUUCCAGAUACUAACAAUACUACUGAAGCACUCACAACUACUGCAUCAGAUACUACUACUGAGGCUGUCACAACUACUGCACCAGAUACUACUACUGAGGCUGUCACAACUACUGCACCAGACAAUACUACUGAAGCACUCACAACUACUGCACCAGAUACUACUACUGAAGCAGUCGCAACUACUGCACCAGAUACUACUACUGAAGUAGUCACAACUACUGCACCAGACAAUGCUACUGAGGCAGUCACAACCACUGUACCAGACACUACUACUGAAGCAGCCUCAACUACUGCACCAGACACAACUACUGAAGCAAUCACAACUACUACACCAGACACAACUACUGAAGCAGUCACAACUACUGCACCAGACAAUGCUACUGAGGCAGUCACAACAACUGCACCAGAUACUACUUCUGAGGCUGUCACAACUACUGCACCAGACAAUACUACUGAAGCACUCACAACUACUGCAACAGAAACAACUACUGACGCACUCACAACUACUGCACCAGAUACUACUUCUGAGGCUGUCACAACUAAUGCACCAGACAAUACUACUGAAGCAAUCACGACCACUGCACCAGAUACUACUACAGAGGCUGUCACAAAUACUACACCAGAUACUACAACUGAGGCUGUCACAACUACUGCACCAGUCAAUACUACUGAAGCACUCACAACUACUGCACCAGACACAACUACUGAAGCAGCCACAACUACUGCACCAGACACAACUACUGAAGCAGUCACAACUACUGCAACAGACAAUACUACUGAAGCACUCACAACUACUGCAUCAGAUACUACUACUGAGGCUGUCACAACUACUGCACCAGAUACUACUACUGAGGCUGUCACUGAAGUAGUCACAACUACUGCACCAGACAAUGCUACUGAGGCAGUCACAACCACUGUACCAGACACUAUUACUGAAGCAGCCUCAACUACUGCACCAGACACAACUACUGAAGCAAUCACAACUACUACACCAGACACAACUACUGAAGCAGUCACAACUACUGCACCAGACAAUGCUACUGAGGCAGUCACAACAACUGCACCAGAUACUACUUCUGAGGCUGUCACAACUACUGCACCAGACAAUACUACUGAAGCACUCACAACUACUGCAACAGAAACAACUACUGACGCACUCAAAACUACUGCACCAGAUACUACUGAGGCUGUCACAACUAAUGCACCAGACAAUGCUACUGAAGCACUCACAACUACUGCAACAGAAACAACUACUGACGCACUCACAACUACUGCACCAGAUACUACUGAGGCUGUCACAACUACUGCACCAGACACAACUACUGAAGCAAUCACGACCACUGCACCAGAUACUACUACAGAGGCUGUCAAAAAUACUACACCAGAUACCACAACUGAGGCUGUCACAACUACUGCACCAGUCAAUACUACUGAAGCACUCACAACUACUGCACCAUACACAACUACUGAAGCAGCCACAACUACUGCACCAGACACAACUACUGAAGCAGUCACAACUACUGCAACAGACAAUACUACUGAAGCACUCACAACUACUGCAUCAGAUACUACUACUGAGGCUGUCACAACUACUGCACCAGAUACUACUACUGAGGCUGUCACAACUACUGCACCAGACAAUACUACUGAAGCACUCACAACUACUGCACCAGAUACUACUACUGAAGCAGUCGCAACUACUGCACCAGAUACUACUACUGAAGUAGUCACAAAUACUGCACCAGACAAUGCUACUGAGGCAGUCACAACCACUUUACCAGACACUACUACUGAAGCAGCCUCAACUACUGCACCAGACACAACUACUGAAGCAAUCACAACUACUACACCAGACACAACUACUGAGGCAGUCACAACAACUGCACCAGAUACUACUUCUGAGGCUGUCACAACUACUGCACCAGACAAUACUACUGAAGCACUCACAACUACUGCAACAGAAACAACUACUGACGCACUCACAACUACUGCACCAGAUACUACUGAGGCUGUCACAACUACUGCACCAGACAAUACUACUGAAGCAAUCACGACCACUGCACCAGAUACUACUACAGAGGCUGUCACAAAUACUACACCAGAUACCACAACUGAGGCUGUCACAACUACUGCACCAGUCAAUACUACUGAAGCACUCACAACUACUGCACCAUACACAACUACUGAAGCAGCCACAACUACUGCACCAGACACAACUACUGAAGCAGUCACAACUACUGCAACAGACAAUACUACUGAAGCACUCACAACUACUGCAUCAGAUACUACUACUGAGGCUGUCACAACUACUGCACCAGAUACUACUACUGAGGCUGUCACAACUACUGCACCAGACAAUACUACUGAAGCACUCACAACUACUGCACCAGAUACUACUACUGAAGCAGUCGCAACUACUGCACCAGAUACUACUACUGAAGUAGUCACAACUACUGCACCAGACAAUGCUACUGAGGCAGUCACAACCACUGUACCAGACACUACUACUGAAGCAGCCUCAACUACUGCACCAGACACAACUACUGAAACAAUCACAACUACUACACCAGACACAACUACUGAAGCAGUCACAACUACUGCACCAGACAAUGCUACUGAGGCAGUCACAACAACUGCACCAGAUACUACUUCUGAGGCUGUCACAACUACUGCACCAGACAAUACUACUGAAGCACUCACAACUACUGCAACAGAAACAACUACUGACGCACUCACAACUACUGCACCAGAUACUACUUCUGAGGCUGUCACAACUACUGCACCAGACAAUACUACUGAAGCAAUCACGACCACUGCACCAGAUACUACUACAGAGGCUGUCACAAAUACUACACCAGAUACUACAACUGAGGCUGUCACAACUACUGCACCAGUCAAUACUACUGAAGCACUCACAACUACUGCACCAGACACAACUACUGAAGCAGCCAUAACUACUGCACCAGACACAACUACUGAAGCAGUCACAACUACUGCAACAGACAAUACUACUGAAGCACUCACAACUACUGCAUCAGAUACUACUACUGAGGCUGUCACAACUACUGCACCAGAUACUACUACUGAGGCUGUCACAACUACUGCACCAGACAAUACUACUGAAGCACUCACAACUACUUCACCAGAUACUACUACUGAAGCAGUCACAACUACUGCACCAGAUACUACUACUGAAGUAGUCACAAAAACUGUACUAGAAACAACUACUGAAGCAGUCACAACUACUGCAUCAGACAAUACUACUGAAACACUCACAACUACUGCACCAGAUACUACUACUGAAGUAGUCACAACUACUACACCAGACACUACUACUGAGGCUGUCACAACUACUGCACCAGAUUCUACUUCUGAGGCUGUCACAACUACUGCACCAGACAAUACUACUGAAGCACUCACAACUACUGCACCAGAUACUACAACUGAGGUUGUCACAACUACUGCACCAGACAAUACUACUGAAGCACUCACAACUACUUCACCAGAUACUACUACUGAGGCUGUCACAACUACUGCACCAGAUACUACUACUGAAGCAGUCGCAACUACUGCACCAGAUACUACUACUGAAGUAGUCACAACUACUGCACCAGACAAUGCUACUGAGGCAGUCACAACCACUGUACCAGACACUACUACUGAAGCAGCCUCAACUACUGCACCAGACACAACUACUGAAGCAAUCACAACUACUACACCAGACACAACUACUGAAGCAGUCACAACUACUGCACCAGACAAUGCUACUGAGGCAGUCACAACAACUGCACCAGAUACUACUUCUGAGGCUGUCACAACUACUGCACCAGACAAUACUACUGAAGCACUCACAACUACUGCAACAGAAACAACUACUGACGCACUCACAACUACUGCACCAGAUACUACUUCUGAGGCUGUCACAACUACUGCACCAGACAAUACUACUGAAGCACUCACAACCACUGCACCAGGAUACUACUACAGAGGCUGUCACAAUACUACACCAGAUACUACAACUGAGGCUGUCACAACUACUGCACCAGUCAUACUACUGAAGCAUCACAACUACUGCACCAUACACAACUACUGA